AUGGGGUUUUUGACUAAGAAGGAGAGACGGGUGCCAGACCUGUCCCGGUACGACUACCACUACCAGAACAAGCCCGCUGUUGACUCGAGCAAGUACUAUGUUCCGCGCGAAUACGGCGGGAAGCGGCUGAGUGCGAGUGCUGCCGCUGCUGCUAUCUACACGAACCCGAACCCGAACGCGACGGGUGUUUCCCGGAGCUACAGUCUGAUGCACUCCUACAACCCGGCCGCGGCGAGACAGCCGCCCGCUGGGCGGACGUACUCGCUGAGGUCUGACCGCGCCUCGUCCAUCACUUCGAACAGCCGGAGACCUGCUGCGGGCAAGGCCCAGGUGAGGAGGGCCAGCACGCAGCAGAGGCGUGCGAGCGUGGACCAAGAGCUCGGGACCGGCGUGAACCAGCCUCGCACGAACUCGAUCACAGUGACUACCACAAAGGUCAGGGACCCUCAGGGCAGGACCAAGUCCAUCACCAAGAAGACGGUCAGGAGGAUAAACGGGUACGAAGUCGUGGAGACCACAACUACAACAACGACCACCGAGCCGCUGCCCACGCAGAACGGCAAAAUGCCCGCAAACAUGGACCUCGUGUCGGUUGAGGACGGCACAGAUGUCGAGGAGGAACACGACGACGGACUGCCUAGCCCACAGGCACAUUUCGAUGAGUUCAGCGGUGACUUUGUUGCGGAGGACGAUCUAUCAUCAGAAGUGCUGCAACACCAACAGCAGCAGUACAUAGAAGACAUCGUCGAAGAAGAAACCGAAGAAGAAGAAGACCCAGGGCACACAGGUACAAAGCGCUUGCCAGGAGAGUUCAACGAGCCACCAAGGACUAACAUUGCCGCAAGAAGAUCAAACUCACUCACAGGCAGCCUCUCAUCAUUGGGAGCCAAGAAGACUAUCUCAGAAGAGGUGCCACUAGAUCAAACUAGCAGUGUGUCUAAGUUUUCAGAUGCGAUGGAGUAUAUACCACCCACUACUACGACGGCUAAACCUAAGAAGUCUAACUUGAGAAACUCAAUGACUGCAAGAAAAUUAGCUCAACCUCAGCAAGGCCAGAACCAAAGAAGGACAGUCUCUUUUACCCAAGGAAGCAUAGACCAUAUGAACACAACCAAAAAGAAGAAGCAACCGUUGACAGAGCAAGAAAUGUAUCUGCAAGCAUUGGAAGUUGCAAAGAAGAAAGUUUACAAGACAGAUGAUCCUGCCGUGGUAGGAAAUGCUGCAAACAAUAGUAACAAGAGAGUUAGUACGAUGGGAAAGAGAAUGACAUUGAGAGAUUCAGCUCCUGUUCCAAGGUCAUCAUCAAUGAUGAUGAACAAAUUCCAUGAUCAGGGGUCUGCCAGAAACAAUGUGGCCCAACAACAAACAGAUGUAAGAAGGUCUAAAUCUAUGACUGGCUCAGCAGUGCCACCACAGGCGGGUAAGAAGAAGCUAACAGAUGAAGAGAUGUAUGAAAAAGCAUUAGAAAUAGCACAAAAGAGAUACAACGAUCUUGUAAGUGCCGACACUGCUGCUGUUGGAGCCGCCAGCGUUGGCGCUGCCAGUGCUGCUACACCGGUUGCCUCAACUGCUCCAAAGAAGUCAGGUUUCAAGCAGAGAUUCACCAAGACGUUCCACACUGAUGACAACAAAAGCAAGAUCAACAACGCAAGCGCUGGAGGUAUGGUGAGUGGCGGUGCUGCAGCUGUAGAGGUUGCACCUGGGGUAACAACUACGGACCCCGUGGUUGCCGAGAAUGUGAACGAGGCGAGUCAAAUAGAAAGAAUGGACAAUGUUGAGAUGGCGAGUGCGAGUGCAGCCAACGAGUACGCAGCACCUGCUGCUGGGUUCCGCGCCACCAGUGCACCAUUGUACCAGUCCCGUUCUGCGGAGCCUGUUGGUGCUUACGCUGCCCCUGAUGCACCAAUUUCGAAGUAUAAGAUAGUGGACAAGAUCCUGAAGUUUGCGCAGUCGAACUACGGUUACCAAGCGCACGAUGACGAGGAAGCUGCGAUGGUUGCCCCGGCUUCUGCCCCGGCUACUGCACCAGCAGGUACAUCAAUGGCACAGCCUGUGGUUGUUCCAGUUGAGAGGCGGUCUUCUGUGGGCAAGCACGGCAACACCACAACGCUGCCCGUGGAGACGCCGCUUGCUGACAACGCGAGCGAGUCGUCCUUCAGGCACACGCACCCGCAGGAGCAGCCUGUGCCCUUGUCGCAGAUCGAGAAGAAGAUCAGUGUUGUGAGCGAAACGGGGUCGCGCAAGGCAGCGCCCGCUGCAACUGCAGCCAAAACACCCGCUACAGCACCUGCGAUGAGCUACGGUACGGCGAAGACGCCGUUCAUCGACAUCGACGCAGUGGACGCCCUCUCGGGCCACGUCCCGUUCGAAGAGGCUACACGCCACGCAUCCGUCGCAACUGCUGCCACGGCUGCCACCGGUGGCACUACAGGCACCGCAGCCACGACGGGCACUGGCACGAGCAAGAAGAAGAGCUUCCUCAGGAAACUGUUUGGCAGAAAAUAA